GCUCCGAGUCCCCUGACGCACAGCAGCCGGAGAGUUCAGAGAGACAGUUAGAGUAUUCUCCUAUCUUACACAUCAGGGUAAGAGGAUACUAAACUAUGGAGCUUAUCACAAAUAGAGUCAGGUUUGUUUUAUAGAGGAGUUUUGCUUGCAGAGAUUUCAGUUUUGGAAUAUUUUUUUCCGACUUUUUCUUUUUUAACUGCAUCACCCACUGUGAAACAUGCCUGCUUUCGGAGUUUGGAUUAACGCAAUUUGGAUUUUACUUUUCGCCGGUUGUGACUUGGCUUGUUCAAGUUAUUCUGAAGACCAGUGCAGCUGGAGAGGAAGUGGUUUGUCCCAGCAGCAGGGCAGCGUGGAGCAGAUCUUCCUCCACUGCUCUGAGGGCACCUUGGACUGGCUGUACCCCAAAGGGGCCCUGCGCCUCAGCCUGUCCCCCCGCCUGCCCUCUGUGGCGGUGGGGCCCGGCGGCAGCAGCUCGGGCCUCAUCACGGCCUGCGUCAAGCCCUCGGAGCAUUUCCACGGAGCCCAGCUCUACCUGGAGAGGGACGGGGUCCUGGAGCUCCUGAUCAGCGACCGGCUGGAGUCCUCCCCCCCACCGAGGGUCCGCUGCUUCAGCCGCCUGCCCGGGGAGAGGGUGGCUCUCUUCCUGCAGGCCACACCUCACCAGGACAUCAGCAGGAGGAUUGCAUCCUUCAGAUACGAGCUGAGAGGAGACUGGACCGCCCGCCUGUCACUGGACAACAACCCCAUCAGUAGUGAAGAGGCCUGCAGACCCUGCAACAACACUGAGAUUCUGAUGGCCGUUUGCACCAGUGACUUUGUCGUGCGAGGCAACAUCCGUUCAGUGGUGGAAGACGAUAACCUACGAGCGGCGGUGAUCAAAGUCAGCGCCACCCGGGUGUUUCGUCAGAAGUACGCCCUGUUCACCGGCAACAGUCGCCUCAGCAGCCGCGGGGAAGUCAGGACGCUGCUGCAGUGCGGCGUCAAACCGGGGCCCGGCAGCUUCCUGUUCACCGGACGGGUCCACUUCGGGGAGGCCUGGUUGGGCUGCGCUCCCCGAUACAAGGACUUCCAGAGGGCUUACAUGGCAGCCAAAGCAGCCCAGCAGAUACCCUGUGAACUGCCAGUAGACUGAGUGUAACAACUCACCAACAGCUUGUCUACCACUCAGAGUUGAGGCCGUUCUGAAAGCCAGGCCAAACUCAGCCUUGCUCCAUGUUUUGGAAGAAGCCAUUGUGCGCCCCAUGCAGCCAUGGCGCCACCAACGUCUUCCUAAAGGACUGAGGAGUAAAUGGACUUUUCCCAACACCAUUUCAGUGCAAUAUGCAGUCACCGGGUCAGGAAUACCCUGUUCAAGUGACAUGAGGGAUGUGGUUGAAAUGAACUCAUACGCAUUUGGUAUUGAAAAGUGAUGCCAUUAUGCAGGUUCAGAGAAAAUCUAUUGAAAAGCUUUCCAUUCGAGAUCAAAUAAGUCGAGCCAUUAAAUCAGGCCCAUUGAGAGACCUUGCGUUGAACUCAGGAACAUUUAUUUACAUUUCUAUAGAAAGCUUACUGCCUAUUAGUUAGUAUCCUAGUGAGGAUACACUCUAGGCACCUUUAUUUUCAGCCAUGUCUGGCCAUGGGAAAGUUAGGUUUUGCUGGGGUCAUCCUCAGUGUUACAACUAUUAAGGAGAUUAUAAAAGAGUCCUCACUAAAUGUAUAUUUGCACUGAUAAAGGGAAGGGAAUCAUCUGGAAAGUGUGAUGCUGCAAGCACUGAAAACCAAAUAAAAAGCAACUAUAUGUAGCAUAGCGAAGUGGAGCAAUUGAGAAUUUAAUAUAUGUACAGAUGAUGAAGGCACAUACAGUACCUGAGCAUGUUUCACAGCUUAAACUAGAGCUGAGAGCACUUUCAUAUUCAGCCAACUCUGAGAUUCUGCCUUUGGGAUGAGAUACAGGCUUUGUUACAGAAACAUAACCGUACAUUUCAGUAGCCAUGCAAUAUUUCUGCUGAAUUGAACCAAUUGGACAGCAUUUCAUUAUAAAAACAAUAUUUUAAACACAUGUUUAAGUGGAGUUGUAGCAGUGUUGCCAAAGCCUUUCUAAGUUGUGUUGUUGUCAAGUCAUUCCCGCUCUCUGCUGAUGAACCACAUAACAAAAUUCACCUUUAUAUACUGUAAUAAGCAUAACAGUCAUUUAUAACCGCAGUCCAGCGUUAUAAUGAUAUAAACCUGUUGCUAUGGAUUAAAAAGAACAACUGCUUUUGGUAAAAAACACAAGUCAUAACAAUGGCUAGCUCAAGAGAAAUGCAAAAAUGUGCAUUUAAUGUAUACAAUUCUGUUAAAUGUUUUAUAUCUAAUGUGCACUAUAUCAACAGGGGGAGAGGUUCAUACCAAAUUACCGUAAUGUGCUAAAGCGGUAUGUCUUAUAAGCGUAAACACUGCCAUUUUCGCUGUUUAUUUGUUAUGUAAAUGUAUGUUAAUAGCAAUAUGAUUGUAAAUAUGUUAAUAAGAAAUUCUAGAAGCAUCGGCAUUGAAAAAAAGCCUGUGGAAAAAACAACAUUGUGAUAUUAUUGUGGAUUAUUUUUGUGUUUGUCUGUGUGAAUAAAAUAUACUGUGAGAAAACA